AUGUCUCAGAGUUCUCCCUCAAAGAAAUCUUCUCCUACCUCUGAAACAGCAUCAGGUUCUAGGGCACCAAAUGUUGUGAGUGAUCAAGAUGUUGUGCUGGAUGUUGUGCCGUUGAACUCUGUUCCUGCUACCGAUACUGUUCGUAAUCCACCAAGAAAGAUGCAUGCAAGAAAAUCAACUGGGGGAUCUGUUCCUGAAACCUUUUCUGUUCAAGGUAGAGAGGGUUCUGCUUAUGUUCACAAUGCGAUCGCAGGUAUUGUCACAAGAAUCUUGAAUGAAGGGCACAAGGUUGAUGGGAUAUCUGUUCCUCUAGCCCAGAUGUCUGCCUCUGAUAACAGCAAAGAUGAUCAAGAUGGUCAAGAUGAUGCUAGCAAAGAUCAGGGUGAUGUUGAGACAUCGGUUCAUAACACUGAUGAGAAGAACCCAGGUGCCAAAGAAGUUGAGACAUCUGAAGCUAUUAAUGUUGAAACAUCUGGUACUAAAGAUGCUGAAGUUCUUGAGCCUGAGAAAGCUGAAGAGGUUCCUGUUGCUGCUUCUAAAGAAACCCCUAAUGAAGGUCCUACUGUGCAUGAUGUUGUGAAUCUGGAUGAUCUGGAUGAUUCUAUUGACAUUGCUGAUGAUGAACUCAUCUCUAGCAUCUCUCAUAGAGUCAAGACUCGUAAGGGCAAACAGGCUUGUGAUCAAGAUUUCUCCAAACCUCAGGUUACUCCUCAAAAGAAGGUCACUAUAAAGAAGGUCAAGAAGGUCCUUGUUGAACCUUCAACCACAGGGAGCAAGGCUAUUGUGAAGAAGAGGAAGGAAAUAAGUGUUUCUGUCCCAGAAGAUGAUGUCUUAAGUGAUGUCCCUGACAUCCCAUCUAAGAAGAAGAUUGCUGUCACAAAGUCCUCCACAAAGGAAUUUAUUGUGAAUUUGUCUCAAGAUUGUGGUGAUGGAACAACUGAUGAUUUUCAUAAGGUGUAUGUUAGAAGAAAGUGUAUAGAUUUUUCCCCUGCUGUUAUCAACCUAUAUCUAGGUAGAGAUGCUGAGGCUCAACCUGAGCUUGAAGUGACUGAUAAUGAGGUUUGCAAGGUAAUCACUGGUGGUAAGGUUAAGAAGUGGCCCAUAAAGAGCAAACUGUCUGCUAGUUCUCUUAAUGUCAGGUAUGCAUUGCUGCACAAAAUUGGUGCUGCUAACUGGGUGCCUACCAAUCACACUUCCACCAUUGCUGUUGGCCUAGGAAGAUUCAUAUAUGCUGUGGGAACCAAGACAAAAUUUGACUAUGGGACCUACAUAUUUGAUCAAACUAUGAGGCAUGUUGGUACCUCUGCUACCAAGCUUCCCAUUGCUUUCCCAUCUCUGAUAUGUGGAAUAAUCCUCAAGCAACACCCUGGAAUUCUGAAAAGUAAAGAUUCUGUAUGUAAGAGGGAGAGUGCUUUGUCUUUUCACUACAAGCUGCUGCAGAGGUCUGAUGACAAGACAUCUGCUGGGACAUCACAACCCAGCAAAUAUGUGAACAAAGCUCUUCUUAUUGCUGAGCUAAAAGAGACUUGUCAAGAGUUGGACAACAGGAAGCUGAAACUUGAAAAUCUCAUCCACAGUCUUGAGCAGUCUACAGAUGAUGAUCUUGCUGGUGAAAAGGGUGGUGACAAUAUGGAUGAAGACAAAGAGGCUGAGGAAGAAGCUGAGGAAGAGGCUGAGGGUGCUGAGAGUGGGAGUAGUGAUGCUGCUGAAUGGACUAGUAGCUCAAGUGAUGACAAUCCUGGUGGCUCUAGUGAUGAAGACAGUGAUGGGUCUGAUGAUUAG